AUGGCUCGUCAAUUCUUCGUCGGUGGUAACUUUAAAAUGAAUGGUACCAAUGAAUCAAUUACUGCAAUUGUUGAAAAUUUAAACAAAGCUGAUUUACCAGAAAAUGUUCAAGUUGUAAUUUGUCCACCAGCUCCAUAUUUAGCAUUAGCAGCUGCUAAGAACACUCAAAAGACUGUUGAAGUUGGUGCUCAAAAUGUCUUCACUAAGGCUUCUGGUGCUUAUACUGGUGAAAUUGCCCCACAACAAGUUUUAGAUACUGGUGCUACUUGGACUUUAACUGGACAUUCUGAAAGAAGAACCAUUAUUAAAGAAUCAGAUGAAUUUAUUGCUGAAAAGACUAAAUUUGCUUUAGAUUCUGGUUUAAAGGUUAUUUUAUGUAUUGGUGAAACUUUAGAAGAAAGAAAAUCUGGUGUUACUUUAGAUGUUUGUGCUAGACAAUUAGAUGCUGUUUCUGCUAUUAUUAAGGAUUGGAAGAAUAUUGUUAUUGCUUAUGAACCAGUUUGGGCUAUUGGUACUGGUUUAGCUGCUACUCCAGAAGAUGCUGAAGAAACUCAUAAAGGUAUUAGAGAACAUUUAGCUAAGACCAUUGGUGCUGGUCAAGCUGAAGCUGUUAGAAUCUUAUAUGGUGGUUCUGCUAAUGGUAAGAAUGCUCCAGAUUUCAAAGAUAAGGUUAAUGUUGAUGGUUUCUUAGUUGGUGGUGCCAGUUUGAAACCAGAAUUUGUUGACAUUAUUAAGUCUAGAUCUUAA